UGGGACUUGCCCACCCUGCCGCUUCCGGGUCCACGCGCCAAGGCCUCCCGGAGAAAGAGCGGGGAAGGAGACUCAAGGUCCUGGGGGUGGGGAGCCUGUGGGCUUGGCGCAGUUGCUAAGGGAGGUCGUAGGAUCCCCCCAAAGCCGCCCAGAUCGGAUCCGAAAGGGUCGGGGACAGAAGUAACGCUGGGGAGAGGCUCUAUCCUUUGUUAAGACCGUGGCAUCUUGGCUGCCAGAGGCGUGGCGCUGGGAACUGGGUUUGGGCUGGUGGGCGCGGACUUGGAAUGAGACCGAGCCGGCCCUGUACUUAGAGAUCUUGGAAUCCACUUUAUUGUUUUCACAAUUAUCAUCGUCGUCAUCCAAGUUGUAAACGCACACGUUUUUUAAAGACCUAGUACGGGAGGGUUUGGAACGAAAAGCAAAGUGCAGCCUUAGAAGCAGCCACUUUUCAUCAGUUUCGCUCUUCGUUCUGGUUCCUAAAAAGUUGAUAAAACGCUUAGAUGCUGUUUCUUUAUUUGUUCGUUUUCGUUAGCCCUUGACUUAAUGCUGUGAACGAAAGGAGCCACAUGCUAACCUGACAAGCUCAGGGGAGGCCUGCGUGGCAGUCUUGCAAACUCAGAGACCUGAAAUAACCACAAAGGAUGGUUUGAAAAUUAAAUAUUUAACUACAAACAGGUUAUAGUGGGUAGUCAUGUCCUAGUCCGAUAUCUUCCCUGACAAAGAUCAACUUAGAUCUUUCCUGAGCCCAUUUGCCUUUUUGCCUCUAAGAUAACAUAUCUGUGAGACGUCUGGGUAACUUGUAACUUCCUUCUUUUGCUGGAGCCCCUGGGGCACAACCAAAUGUGGUGGGCGCCAGGAUAGAUACUUCAAAUUCCUUCAUUAUCAUGUUAAUUGUUCCUGUACCCACCUAAGUAUGUGUCCAUCAUUUUGCUUUUUAUCCAAUCCCAGGGGUUUCCCACCGGUUGACUUUAUCCCACCUCCUUAAUCCGUCACCAAUGAAUUUCAUGUAGCCGACCUAUGUCCCUCCUUUGAUGGCAAUGUGUAAAUACAGAUGUAACCCACCAUUUCUUCGGAGCAUUAUCUCAAUUCAUUGAGGUUCUGCUUCCCGGCAUAUGUCGACAUUUUGGCUCAAAUAAACUCACUAAAAUUCUUUACAGGUUUCAAUGGUUUUUAUUCGUUAACAAUGCCAUGAUGAUGAAGAUAAAGCACACUACACUCCAUCCCCUUUAUAUCUCCCUAAUUUACCUUUAUAACAUCAUCAACAUCCUUAAUCCUGUUUUUAAAAAUAUAAGAAAUGCCAAACCUGUAGAGAAUUUUUAUGAGUCUAUUUGAGCCAAACUGAUGUCAUAUUUGGGGAAGCAAGAUCUCAAAUGCUACGGGGAAUAACAAUUUUGCAGCUUUCAUGUAUUUGGAAUUAAAGGAGAAGAUGUAAGGAAGAUUACAUGGAAGUGGGGAAAAGCAACGGGGGAUUGGAUUACAGGACCGUUAUCAACAUUAUGUGCUCUCUGAAGUAUGGUAACAACCAUACUUAAGUAAAAACUGCUGUUUGAAUUUUAACCCUGCUAUUCUGGCUUCUGUACAUACUUGCUUGCUUGGACAAUACAGUGGUUACCUCAGCUUCCAGACAGACCUGGAGACUCACAGAGGUCAUGUUCCUGUGCCUGUGGACCAGGACUACAGGAGAUCGACUCCCACUGACUCAGUAGCUCCAGGAGUAGAAACUGUAGAUAACCUUUAGAGAUUACUGAGUCCGCUUGGGUCUGCUUCUGUAAAACCUGCUUUCCCAAGAUAGGGCCACAUUCCAAUAAUGUCCAGCAGGGGCUGGGAACCCCCCUGCAGGCUGUUCCCAGACUUUAGAAUUUAGAAUUUAGAACAAAGGAAAAUUUUUGUGGUUUGGACCUUUAAAAGGACUGCCUACACCUGGGACAGGGCGGUCGUGAGGACUCCACCUGCGUGUGGUGCCCUCGCGGCCGUCCUGGCCAGUUCAAUAAAUCCUUGCCUGCUUUUUUAAUCAAUCAGCAGCCUCCGGUGGUCUUAUUUUUGAUUCCAGGAUUGUAUUCCUCUUGGCAAAAACUGGCUCAGAAGAUCACCAACACCACAAAGCCAAGUUUACUGCUUCCUCGGGCAAGGAGAACGCUCCUCGGCGAAACUUGGGCAGUGUCUCUGAGAGGAGAAGGAAUCUUCAAAAACCCACCCCCACGCCUCGCUGACAGGCGCCGAUGACGCUGCCCCAGCCCGGGACCCAUUACUUCCCCUGGGAGGUCAGUGCCGGCCACGUUCCUGCCGGGGACGCACUGAGGACGUUUGGCAGGUUGAGCGUCUACGACAUGACCGAGUCCCGAGCGACCCUGACGGCUCAGCACGGAUCCGAGCAGCACCAGGUCCUCGUCUGCACCAAGCUGGUGGAGCCGUUCCCGGCCCAGCUGGGCUCCCUGUACCUGGUCCUCGGGGAGCUCGAGCAGCAGAAGGGCGGCCCCGUGGUGAAGGCCCGCGUGCUGACGUGCGUGGAGGGGCUGCACCUCCCGCUGCUGGAACGAGCCGUCGAGGAGCAGAGGCUGUACCGGCGGGAGAGGGGCGGCCGCCCGUAGGACAG